GAAAAAGAAAAAGAAGGAAUACGGUACAAAACGCCACCGUACGUUGAAUCUCUCUGUUUCUCUCUCAAAAACUGGGUCUGUAAGGGCGAGUGGAGGCAAGAAUGGAUUCUAGUAACGGCUACCACCACCAUCAGCAGCAGCAAUAUGGUGAGAAGCGCUUCGGAGCGAGUCAGAAGGACCGAGUCCGCAGGGGAACUCGGGGUGGUAGGUCUCGUGACCUGAGGGACGGCCAUGGCCAUGGCCAUGGCGGAGGUACUGUUGGAGUUAGGGUUUCUGAGCAGCAGCAGAGACCUCCUACGGACUUCGACAUGGCCUACUUUCACUCCUACGCUCACGUUGGCAUCCACGAAGAAAUGAUCAAGGAUCGUGUAAGGACUGAAACUUAUAGGGCCGCGAUCAUGCAGCAUCAGAGUUCUAUUGCAGGCAAAGUUGUGGUGGAUGUUGGCUGUGGCACGGGCAUUCUUUCUAUAUUUUGUGCUCAGGCUGGUGCAAAACGAGUAUAUGCAGUUGAUGCAAGUGAGAUUGCAGUGCAGGCAAAUGAAGUUGUGAAAGCAAAUAAUUUAUCUGACACAAUCAUUGUGUUGCAUGGGCGGGUUGAGGAUGUUGAAAUAGAUGAGGAGGUUGACGUUAUAAUUUCCGAGUGGAUGGGGUACAUGCUGCUCUAUGAGAGUAUGCUGGGAAGUGUGAUUACUGCCAGAGAUCGCUGGCUAAAGCAGGGAGGUCUUAUACUUCCUUCAAAUGCAACGUUGUACAUGGCACCUAUUACACACUCUGACAGAUACAAUGAAAGCAUUGAUUUCUGGCGCAAUGUUUAUGGAAUUGACAUGUCUGCCAUGUUGCCAUUAGCAAAGCAGUGUGCAUUUGAGGAGCCAUGCGUGGAGACAAUAACGGGUGAGAAUGUUUUGACAUGGCCACAUGUGGUAAAGCACGUUGACUGCUAUACAAUUACGAUUAAUGAGCUAGAAUCUGUUACAACUAGAUAUAAGUUCAAGUCAAUGAUGAGAGCUCCGCUCCAUGGGUUUGCGUUUUGGUUUGAUGUUGAGUUCACUGGACCUUGUGUGUCUCCCACCAUUAAUCAUACACCAUCAUCACUUGUUGACAAUAAUCACAUAGAUGGUAGUCAGAGGAAGAAACGGGCAAAUCCCAAUGAAGCACUGGUGCUGUCCACUGCACCUGAGGACCCUCCAACACAUUGGCAACAGACAUUGAUAUACUUUUAUGACCCAAUAGAGGUGGAGCAAGAUCAAUUUAUUGAAGGUUCUGUGACACUAUCACAAAGCAAAGAAAAUGCUCGAUUCAUGAAUAUUCACCUUGAAUAUGCUUCGGGGGGUCGAUCCUUCAUCAAAGAGUCGGUAAUGCGGUGAUCACCCCAAGGACUCUCCUCCUCGUUAUCCGGAUCGGGCAUCUUGGACCAAAAGGCUGCACAAGUAAUUUAGAAGGAUUUCUUGCCUGCAUUGCUUAAGAGAACUUUGCUUCUCCAAACAAAACUUGGGAGGGUGAGAGUUUGGACGCACGGAUUUCACUAAUUUUAACCUGAUAGAGUGACAUGAAGAUAGCUAAUUAAUUAUAGGCGUAGGUGAACCAUUUCAGGAAACUGUGCUCAUGCUUUAACAUUGUUGAUUUAAUUAGUUUGCUCUUGAGGUUGUAUUUUAUUCGGUAAGGCUGAGUUGGUAGAUGAGGGGAUCAUUCAUUUCUCUUAAUUCAACAAUCUGUUUCUUGUGAUGCCAUUUUUUGAGCCUACAAAGUGGCCGGUGUAUCAGUUAUAACUGUUGUACCUGUAAUUUGUUUUAACUCUAUGGAAAACUCUUAAAGAUGCGUCUUUUAA